AUGGGAAUGAAGACGGUACCAUCUCCCGAAGAUAUAUUUCUCAUUCGAAAUAUGAUUAAAUCGGAGAAUAAGACCAAAUUCAUAAUGGAUAUGCAUCGAAAACUGGUUGAAAUGAAUCUGCUAAAGGCUCAUGAGAUGAGAAAUGAAACAACAUGUGAUGAUUAUGUGGACCAACAUCCAGAUCUUACAAAUGAGCCUUUUGUUAUGAUAAUCUUUGCUACAUUAUAUAUUCAUAUAUUUGUUCUUGGCUUAAUAGGAAACUUUGCAAUCUUAUUAUUAACAUUUCGUCAUCGUCAACUGCAGACUGUUCAGAAUAUUUUUAUAUCAAACUUGGCCAUCAGUGAUAUUCUCGUCUGCUUAACAUCACUACCAAUCACUCCUAUAACCAGCGUAUAUAAAACAUGGUUUUUUGCUUCACCAGUCUGCAAAUUAUUGCCUUUAGUUCAGGGUGCUUCCAUAUUCGUCUCAACAUUCUCACAUUCGGCUAUUGCUUAUGAUAGAUAUAAUCUCGUUGUUCGUCCUCAUAAACAUCCUGUUAAUACGAGAGGAGCUUCUAUAGUUUCAUUAUGCUUAUGGAUAGCCAGCGUUAUCGUGUGCAUGCCAUAUGGAUGGUACAUGGAGGUAGUUGAAAUACGAGGAUUAUGUGGAGAAUAUUGCACAGAGAAAUGGCCGCUACCUGAAGUUAGAAAGUCAUAUGCCAUAUUAGUACUUCUUAUGCAAUUCUUAUUUCCUUUCGCUACCAUGGCUGUCUGUUAUUACAAAUUAUUCAGUCGAUUACGUGAAAGAGCUGAAUCAAAAUUGAAAAAAAUAUCAGAAAGAACACAGCUGCUUGAGAAUGCAACAACCAGUAAUACACCUGGGCCACAUAGUACAGCUUCAAGUACAAGCAACUCAAACAUUCCUGAUGAUAGCGGUGAACAUCGUAAUUCUGUAUGUGAAUUUGAGAAAAAUCAAAAGAUGACAGUAUUAGCUCAACAACGUCGUACCACAAUGAUAUUGGUAUCGAUGGUUCUCUUAUUCGGUGUUUGCUGGCUACCACAUAAUGUCAUUGGCUUAAUGAUUGAAUAUGAUGAAGCCUACUUUCAUUAUGAUCAUAUGGAUCAUACUUAUAUAGUAUCUAUGACAGCCCAUUUCAUUGCCAUGUUAACGAAUGUUGUCAAUCCUAUACUCUACGCAUGGUUAAAUCCAUGUUUCAAAGAAAUUUUGCUUAAAAGUCUCAAACGACGACGUGGACAUCCGGAAGUCACAAAAAAUGCCAAAAAUACAAUUAUUCGGAUAAAACAACCUGUAACAACACAUGAAAGAUCUUUUUAA